UACGACCAGGGGGAUGUUCAUUCAGAACGUGUGGGCGGCUUGCGUGGGCGAGUCGCUUAUAAAGCCGCCCGACUCUCCAUGCCCACGUAGUCUCGUUCUGGAAACACUGGGAGCAACAACAAACUGUGUGAAUACAACAUGCAUCUCCCGAAUUUAAGAUGGUAUACAGUCUUAAUUGGCUACCUAGUAACGCAUGUGAAGGCGUAUCCUGUGCAAGCGUGGUAUCCACCACAAGGUCCAAGAGAAUAUCCUGACGAUGAAUAUUAUUACGCGCCGAAAGUUCAAUAUUAUUACGAUGCUCCAGCAAUAAGUGUUCCAGAAGUCUAUGGUCAAAUGCCAUACCCAUACGUGUACGACCCCUAUGAACAUUUCUUUGCCAAUGAUGGCCCUAAAAGACAAGAAGAAAGACUUGCAGCGCUGCCAAUUGGCCAAGAAACUUGGUUCGAAAAUGAUGCAAAUUCACGAUGGCGAAGCAGUGAUGUCGAUGAUGUUAGCGCUGCUUUCUUAGAUAAUCUAAUCCUUACCCAAAUGGCUCAAGAUGCUCAAAGACGUCGUGAAAAUUCUCGUGCAGCCUUCCCGCCUGUUGAUUACGAAGACAAAAAUACUGAAGACGAAGAUGUCCGAGAACUCAAGGCCUUAGCUGGUCAGCCACUAUACCAUGUUCCAAAAACUGUUCCGAAAGUUGAUGAUUAUGAUUACGCAUCUGAUGAAGGUUUCAUAAACUGGAAUGGAAACAAAAGAAGCCUAACAACUAGUGCACCUACACUAAGUACAGUAGACCCCAAAUUAGGCCAAAAGGAGGUCGCGAUUCCCCCUCAAGGACAAACCACAAAGCAUGCAAGUCAUUUUAACAUGGGGCAUAAAAGGGAAACAGGAUACUACGAUAAAAUCGUCAAGUUAUUGGCGGCGAACACCAAAGACACAUUUACCAAAGAAUCAACGAAAGAAAGGAGGAUCGAUAAACGGUUCGUGGCGGGAGAUAGCGACCUCGUACUGGAACUCCGAGGACUGAAACAACGCAUUGCAACUUAAACACGCAUUGAUCACCGCCAACAAAUAUGAGACUGAGUAAUAUGUAGACUAAAAUAUUUAUCGACAAAGGCAACAUUACGGCUGCGAGACUUCUAUCAAUUAAUUAAAAAAAUCUAGAUGUCCAUGCAUAACGUUUCGACUAGCCAUUUUCAAUAACAAUAGAUACUAGAUAUUAAAUAUUUUUUUAAUAUGAUUGAUUCAAAACUAGAUAAUAUAGGCCUAUAAUCUUUUUUUAUUAUUUAAAUUUGAUAAAAUGGAGUUAAAUAUUCAUGUUGAGGUAGAUGAAAAUCACUAUGGCAUUUUCUUUAUUGAUUAGAUAAUAAUAGGAAUGCGAUGUUACUAAGAUCUUUUUUGACUAUUUACCUUCUUCUUAAUAAAUGAAUUUUUCUAAUUAAACUGUGUGAAAAGAAAAUGUUGUACAAAAAACUGACUAUAAUCUGUAUGUGGGAUGAAUUGUUGUUUGUUAAUAAACUAAUAUUAAACUAAUUUAUAGGGAUAUGCGUUGCCCCUUCAAUUGUCGGCAGCUAUUGCACAAUGGUGUGCGUUUUUGUAAAUAGGUAUGUAUUAUUAACUAAGAACUAAUUAUUUUAGAUAGUAAUCAAUAUCUUUUGGAUGACAAAUCUAUCACAUCUGGAGUUUCAACUUUAGAGCUUAACCAGGUGCAGAGUAAAGAAAUAAAUGUCGUACCCAUCUUGAUAUUUCGAGGCAUUUAGAUCCGAUUUAAAACUGCUUUAUUUAAUUUUAUUUAAAUUCAUAUUCAAUAUCUUUUAUGAUUUUUUUUUAUCAUUGCGACUAUGUAAAUAUUAGGUCCUUAUAUUCUAUUGCUGCCUACUUGUUAUUUAUUCGUUCAGGUGCUAAUAUGUAUUAUUUUUAAAAUGGUCUACAAUCUACAUAGACAAUACAAAAUAGUCUGUUUGCGAAGCAAAAUUCAUUAGUAUACUAAAAAAGCGAUUCUCUCAAACAUGGAGGAUUAGGUGAUAUUUAAGCUUUACAGCUUCUUGACUUAACUUGUAUCUUAUUAUUAUACAUACGGUCUAAAAGACCCACCCAGAAGAUGCUUUUGUAAUAAUGGCGUCCGUCAUCGCUUCGUGGUGAAUCCAAACAUCCUAAUGUGAACUAACCUAGGUAUAAGGUCUCAAAAAACUGUUUAAAAUUAUAGGAUGUUUUAGCAAUGUACACCUUAAGACAAUGUAUAUUUCCAAUGUACCUACAUAUCUGUUUUUAAUAAAUGUCAAAUUAAUUCCAUUCAUAUUACUAGUUUAUAAUAUUGUAAUUAGAAGCCUCUAAAGUAUUAUUACUAGUUGAUGUUAUGUCCGUUGAUCAUCGACGCCAUUUUCGAUGUUGUACCUACUUAAAAAGAACUUAAAAUGUAUAAGUACUAUCACUUAUUUUUUUUAUAUUAAGUACAAACAGGUAAUAUAAAUUUAUUAAAUUGUAUAGGUAUAGGUAAUUGUUAUCUACUCUAAGUUUCCAGAAUUACUGAAUCUAAUAAAACAGUUCAUUAUUUUAAUGUUUUCUAUGUUGAUGUGUCCGUAAGAUAUCCCAAUUGUAAUAACAUAAUGAUUACCGUGAACAUUGUUAGUAGCACAGUGUACUUAUUUACCUUUAAGUAAGUUUGAGUACCUAUUCCAAGUGUAUGUAAAUCUCUAUAGCACAGCAGCAAAACAAAAAUACGUAAAGGCUUAUGAUAAUUGAAAACUUUAUUUUAAACUUUUACGUAAACAGAUUUUUUUUUACCUAAUAUAUUCCUUGAACCUAUCAGUCCAAUUUUUUAAUAAGUAGUUCCGAGAAUUUUGCUUGUUAUCUAACUUAAUAUGAGUAGAUGUAUACUAUUAGUACUUAUACAGGUAUAAAAGUAUAAUGAAAUAAAGAUGAUUGAAACU